AUGCUGUUUGCUGAGCUGGCCUACACUCUGGCCACAGAGGAAGCUGAACGCAUUGGGGUAGACCACGUGGCCCGAAUGACCGCAACAGGCAGUGGGGAGAACUCCACCGUGGCCGAACACCUGAUAGUGCAGCACAGUGCCAUCAAGAUGCUGCACAGUCAUGUCAAGCUCAUCUUGGAGUAUGUCAAGGCCUCUGAAGCAGGAGAAGUCCCCUUUAACCACAAGAUCCUGCGGGAGGCCUAUGCUCUGUGCCACUGCCUCCCAGUGCUCAGCACAGACAAGUUCAAGACGGAUUUUUACGAUCAAUGCAAUGACAUGGGGCUUAUGGCCUACCUCGGCACCCUCACCAAAACAUGCAACACCAUGAACCAGUUCAUGAACAAGUUCAAUGUCCUCUACGAUCGACAAGGCAUCGGCAGGCGAAUGCGGGGGCUCUUCUUCUAAUGAGGGUACUUGAAAGGAUGAUGGACAGGGGUCAGACAGCUGUCCCGAUGGGGAGGGCACUGUGCUCCCUUGAGAGAAACUGCUAUUCUUUAAUAAAGGGGGAGCAGCCCCUCCGCAC